AUGGCCGACGACCGGACCUCAGCACAGCCGCCCGACACGCAGGAACCCUCACUGUCGGACAUUCGGGCUGACAUCAGAGCCUUAACGGGAGCCAUGGUCACGAAAGCUGACCUGCAGGCACUAUCAGCCACGCUCCAUGAGGCAAUCAGAUCGGAGGUAGCUACAAUUCAGAGGGACAUAGUAGCUCAAGAUGGACGCAUACAAACCCUGGAAGCAACUCAACUUACAGCAAGUAGCAGAUUGGAUGCCACUGAUGCUGCAGUAACAAGGCAAGGCAACAUGCUGCUACAAUUAAGGAGGCAGACUGAGGACCUAGAUAAUAGGGGCCGAAGGUCGAACAUCAGAGAAACCUACCAGAAGCAGCAGGAGAAGAGGAUGUCCAGGCUACGCUGA